GCGUCACAUGUUACUCCUAGUCUACGGCAUGCACAUGAUAAAAUGAUCGGAGUCGAGGGCUCAGACCUCCAUGUAUAUGUACAGCUCCUGCUGUCACUUAUCUCAGCACACGAAUGACAGUCGACACCAAACCUCAAACUUUUUUUGCAGGACCCCCGGCUGCACAAGAGCACAAAGAGGGGUCAGAGGAGCUGGGAGUUGAAUACCCAGUCUCCGAGGAAUCCGAUCUUCCUUUGGUCGUGCAAGAGUUUCCAGAAGGUGGUCUUGCCGCUUGGUCCACUGCUUUUGGAUCGCGUCUUAUACUGUUCUGCAGUUUGGGUUACACCUCUUCAUUUGGUGUCUAUCGAGACUUCUAUACUGAGCAUUACCUCACACAUGAGACGUCAUUUGCUAUUUCAUUCAUCGGGAGCUUCAAUGGGUCUUUAGGCAGCACUCUGCGCCUUAUAUCAGGCUCACUAUAUGAUCGAGGUUAUUUUUACCAUCUUGUCAUUACCGGAUCGCUUCUGCAGAGUUUCUCUCUCUUCAUGCUGUCACUGGCGAAGCCCAAUCAGUACUUCCAGGUAUUCCUUACUCAUGGCUUAGGCUCAGGUAUCGCAUUGGGGCUACUGCACGUCCCGAGCCUAGCUAUUGUCUCGCAUUAUUUCAAACGGAGACGCACGCUAGUGAUGACGUUUGCUACUUUGGGCUCAUUGAUGGGUGCUAUCGUUUAUUCAAUUAUGCUUAAUAACCUCCUCAAUGGACGCGUUGGUUUUGCCAAUGGCGUGCGUGCAAGUGCAGGGUUGACCAGUGUUCUCCUUUUGGUUGCAUACUUGUGUAUGCGAACUCGUCUUGAUUCGCCCACGACACCAGUGAACUAUAUUGCGGCAGCUAAAAAAUGUCUUCGUGAUGUUCCGUUUAUUUUCGCGAUAGUAAGGGCGUUUCUUUUCCUGAUUGGCCUUUACUACCCGACAUCUUUUCUUCAACUCGACUCUAUGAAACACGGUAUCGACACUACCUUUUUGUUUUACUCUCUUGUGAUUGUAAAUGCGUCCAGUUCUGUGGGACGAGUUACAGCAGGGUAUAUCGCAGCGUUUACAGGAGUACUAAACUUAAUCGUGAUUGCGGCAAUUUCGUGCGGAUCGCUAAUUUUGGGUAUGAUUGGAUUGGGCAGCCUGACCAGCGUUGUUAUUCUCGGAGUGCUUUUUGGCUAUUGUGCAGGGGUGUAUGACUCGAUCGUGGGUCCACUCGUGGCUACCCUAACACCCAACCCAUCUGAACUUGGUGGGUGGAUCUAUUUCUUUGUUGGUGGAUUCGGAAAUUUAAUUGGAAACCCCAUAUCCGGUGCUCUGCUUACAUCGAAAUAUAUUUGGUGGAAACCCGCUUUGUUCUCUGGGAUCGUUUCACUGGCUGGUGCCGCAAUGUACAUUUUCAUGCAGUUCAUUUACAUCAGAAGGCAGAAGAAGGAUGAAUCAACGCGAGAACGACAACGUAGUGACACAGGAUAUGUCGAAACUGUUUAUGAUGGGAAUCGGGGUACGAGCACGAAACAAGCAAACUGAGUGGCGAGGAAAGUACAAGUGAUUACCACUGCACGUCUCGUAACCAUGAUUGUAUUGUGUGGAUGAUUUGAUUCUAGAAACGCAUCAUUGCAACUUGACCCUUCUUUCUCCCACAAUUAA